GAUUAUUUUAAAUAGAAAAGUUGGUUUUAGUGUAUUCAAUUCCUUUCCACUAUAGACUCCUUUCAAUUCAUAAACUUUUUGCUAGGUUGGCCUGCUAGGACACUACUUAAAAUAGAAAUCUAGGGAAUAUAAAAAAAAGUAUAUGUUUGCCAGUCUUACAAUUUCCCUUUGUUAUUGCAAAUGUUAUAUGCUUUAUUUGCAUGAACCAGUGCUGUAGUAGACAUAAAUGCAGUCCUCUAGGCUAAACCACAUCCCCGCCCUAAGAUAACUACAGUACAUACACAUUUGCCUGACUGAGACAUGUGUUCCUAUUUAUAGAGCUGGUGUGGUACAACUCGGUACAAGUUUCCUAGCAGAUCAAGUGGGAGAGUUUGAAGGAGUUUGAAGGUUUGAUGGACACAGAAACAAGGCUAUGAAAAAGUUAUUAAUCUGCUCUUUUAAAACUCUUCUAUGGCAUGGAUAAGGAAUCUUCAGUGCUCUUUUGUAAGGGGAACUACACUGACAAGAUUUUGAAGCUUUUUUAUAUACAAAGGAUACUUUACUGAACCUCAGGAAUAUUUUACAUUCACUUCUAUCAAUAUAUAAAGAGAGAAACAAACAACACAAGAACUAAGAAUCUGAUCCACACACUGAGUUUCAAAGUGUGACAGGAAAGCACAGAAGAAGACUGGUAAUUAAAGGGCAUCUAAAAAAAGAGCUGGACAGAGGGCGAGGCUGUGGAGUCAUAUGUGGAGGCAUAGUAACACUGAUUCUAAAAGAAGCUGUUUAAAUCCAUCCAGCUUGCACCAAGAAGAUCUGCUGAUGGAUCCCUAUGGAGGUCACUACCUGAACCGAGAUGCAGUGCUAUCUUUACUGGGUGUUGCUCGCAUGUGCCAACUGAUAUUGGGCUGCACCACGAUGGCUUUGGUGGCUCACAGCGCAGGCUUCAGUGCCACCUAUGGCACCUUCUGCAUGUUCGUGUGGUGCUUCUGUUUCGCCAUGACAUUGAUUAUUUUUGUUCUUGAUGUGGUUCGCCUGCAUGGCUGCGUGCCAAUCUCCUGGGACAAUUUCACUGUGGCCUUUGCCAUGCUUUCCACAUUAAUGUACAUCACAGCUUCCGUUGUGUACCCUGUAUAUUUCCUCGGCAAUGAAUGCCCGACUGAAGGCUGUGAAGUGCGCAACUAUCGCAUUGCUGUUACUGUCUGCUCCAGCAUCUGUUCUUUUGCCUAUGGUGCUGAGGUUCUCCUCACACGUGCCAAACCAGGCCAUGUAGUUGGUUACAUGUCCACCUUGUCAGGUCUGCUAAAGGUAGUUCAGGCCUUCAUUGCUUGCAUAAUUUUUGGUGCUCUUGCAAACGACAGUGAGUACCAUCGGCACAUUCCCACACAGUACUGUGUAGUGGUCUACAGUCUAUGCUUUGCCAUUACAGUGGUAGUGGUGAUUCUGACAGUCUCAGGAAGGACGAUAGUUCUGAGGCUGCCAUUUGACCGCUUUGUGAUUAUAUACACUUUCCUGGCAGUCUUGCUGUACAUGAGUGCUGCUGUGGUGUGGCCGGUCUUCAGUUUUGAUAAGAAGUAUGGCUCUCCUGGGCGACCGGAUGAGUGCCCCCAGGGAAAAUGCCCAUGGGACAGCAAGCUUGUGGUGGCAGUGUUCACCUUUGCCAACCUGGUGCUGUACGUCAUUGACCUACUGUACUCUCAAAGAAUCCGAUUUGUCUCACAGUCAGCUCCCUAAAAUAGCAUUUCUGCUUCUACUUGCUUAAAAUAAUGUUCUUAUACAAGUGCUUAUACAAAUAUAGACACUAAUACUGUCAUUUCAUGUCGAUAGAUAGAUAGAUAGAUAGAUAGAUAGAUAGAUAGAUAGAUAGAUAGAUAGAUAGAUAGAUAGAUAGAUAGAUAGAUCUAUGACUGAUCCUAUGUAAUGGAAAACCUGUUAUAGCUUUAUUAUCAUGUAUGCCUUUCAGUUUUACUUAAUAACAUGAUUAAAAUCAGUUGAAUCUUGAAUUUAUCGUCUUUUUUUUACAUAAGGUUCUUUAUCUCCAUUUAUCAUAUCCAUUGAUUUAGAUAAUUAUGGGAACAUAUGUUUUAUAGUACACUUUUAUUUUUGUUUUUUUGUUUUUUACAACAAACCAAAUUCAAGCUAAUAUUUUCAAGCAUGUAUCAUGGUUCUGGAUGUGUACUUUGUUGCUGAAUUCCUUCCACUUCAACCAGGGCCCUUUGUUAUACCUGACUGUACAUUAAAACUAUUAAAUGUAUAUAUUGUACUGCUAGUUACCUUUCUGGGUUUCAUUAAUUUAGCUGAUACAAAGUUGGACUGUUUGAGGAAAGUAAAUGCAUAUUUCAUUAAUAGAUAUAUCUUUAACAAAAAUUUCAUAGACAUUUUCACUUAUUUCAGACAGGAUAUGGUCUAUUACAGUUUUAGAAAUAUUUUAAUGAAGAUGCAUAGAUUUCCAACACUAUGGUUGACUAUUUCCUGCCGGAAUUUAUUAAAAUGUCUAAAAACAAAAAAAUGCCUAUAAUAUGUAAUCAUAUUUGGCUUAUAUUUUAUACUACAUCAUGUUGACUAUAUUCAAAAUAUUUUCAUUUUUAAACUUUGUGAUGCUUAUAGCAUACUUUGAGAUCACUACUCAAUCUUAGGAACCAAAAUAAAAUUCAGCACCUAAUUAGCUACUUUGCUUCUAUUCUCUGUAUCUUGUUUUUGUGUUUUGUAAAAUAAAACAAUUGAACACAUUUUUCUCUAAAUACUCAUUAGUUCUGCAGGACAGUAUGAUGCAUUUUAAAGUGUAUUAUGUAUACAUUUAUUGGAAAUAGAUUCCUAGCUAAAGUUUUAGUAAGUUAGACACAUUUUAAAAACAACCUCUGUAAGUGAACCUCUGAAGAGGUGAAUACUUGCAAGUUUAAAUAAAACCUUCAACAAGAAUACUGGAAAACCCUAAGCUUGCAUGUUGAAAGAAACCACUGUAGAAUUGUUUCAUAAAUAAGCAUUAAUUAGAAGGUUAUUGUUAUCAUAUUAUCAGUUUUGGAGUCAUACAUAUAGAUUUAAGUAUUAAAAAGUAAUAAAACUGUGUGACUGGAUGUAUAAGGCAGCUGAUUUUAAUGUUACGGCUGAUCAGUGUAUAUGUGUGAUUAUCUAUAUGUCUGUUUAACUGUCUAUUUAAUACAUUAAAACCAACUGCCUAAUUUUGUGUAGUUUCCCCUUCUGCAAGCAAAUCAGCUCUGACCCAUCGAGGCUUGGACUCCACAAGACGUAAGUUGCACCGAGACAGCUGCAGAUCCUGUAAGUUCUGAGGUGGGUCCUCACAUGUGACUUUGUCCACGGAUGUCGUGGCUCGAUUUGAUUAAGGUCUAGGACAAGAGGUAUUCAACUAAAAUUUAAAGAGGUCCAGUAAGAGAAAAUUUCUUGGAGCAAAGGUCCUAGAAGAUCAUAAU